CCGUUUUGCCGAAAAAAACUUCGCUUCCUGCGAAGUUUGGAUUCUACGUGGCGACGUGUGAAAAGCGAUUUUUGCUAACUAUAACUCCGAGGAGUUAUUCCGGCCGUCUAACAAACGAAACUUCGUUAGCUUGUCAGUUGUGAUAGCCAGCCAGUCGUACGGGAUUACUCGGCGAGUCCAUUUUAGUAGCCAACCGCGUCGGCCAUUUUCCUUGUGGUAUGGAACUUGCUGGGACGAAUAUUGUACACGUUUUAUUGCGCAUUGGUACGAUUUGGGAAACCGAAUAAGCUAGGUAAAGACUUCAUUUACGAGCCUGUUUUUCUCUGUCUCUUUUUAAACUUUUCACGUUCCCAAGUUGUUUAGGACAAGAUGUUAUAAUACUUGUACAAGCUCAACACAAAACACAUUCAAUGCACAGAGUUUCUGGAGGAACAACAUAGCUACCGGAAACGACGUUAAUUUUUUUCGAUGGCUACAACAAGAACUGAAUACGGCAAAGAGAACAGAUUCCGCGCUCGUCGUGAGGUGGCGAGUCGCCCAAAAGUGGAGAACGAAAGUUCUCGGAGUCAAAGCUCAACUGUAGCUGUUCGCAAAAAUCUUGUUGACACCAAGACAAAGCGAACAGCGGGCAGCCCAAACAUGGGAGAUGUUAAAGAGGAGAGGCACAGAGCGUAUAACAAAUUUGGAGCACCUCCGAAAAAGAUUAUCUCUACCGAUAAAACACUUAUUUUCCCUCUAAAAAGUGACAAUGUGGUGCGAACGACGAAAUCCCGCGAUGUGAAAUCGGGUAUGCAGCGGAAACCGGCGAAAGAGACUGAACAAGCGAAUGACAACGACAAAAGCAGCACUGAACAAGUCAACAAACCAAAUGUCAGCAAACUUAAACACAUUUUUGAUGAGACUAUUGCAAAUGAGGCUAUUAAAGCACAGCAAACUUACAAGAAACCCAGGCCUGUCUCGGAGGCUUUUGACAGAUUGAAGGCAAACCAUGCAAAAGACACGUCACAAGGUGAAACCACAGAACGAUGGUCCUUACCCAACUAUUACAAGAAAACAUUACCCCAAACCCCUUCGCACAAGCCACAUGUGUCUUCAGGGAUUGCUGCAAGGAGGGCUAUGUUUGAAAGUGGUGGCUCAAACGAAGAUUUACCAAAGAAGGAGAAAAGGUCACCAAGUUUGCUAGAUCUUGUUCCAGAUUUGAAAGAGUUAGAUGUCAGUCUGCUUGGCAACAAUGACCCUGCCCCUGUGCAAAGAUCUCGUACACGAUCUGAUCCAGGAACCAAAAGACCUUUGUACUUCAUAAAAUCUCGUAAACGCUUUCCAUCAGACACUAAAGCUAUGAAUGGGGAGUAUCAUGAUAACACUGUUGACAAGCUUAAGCAAUCUCGAGAUGACUCUGUUUUAAGGAAGCCGCCAGUUGAUACCAGGCGCCUCUUUAAGUCUCACAGUGUUGAUCAUAUUCAUGGAAGUCCAUUGAUAUCAAAUUCAGACAUAGGAAAGACUAUAGAAAGCUUGAGUGAACAGCAACCCUCCUCUACAAUUCAAGGGGAUGAAGAACAAUCCUCCAUGUUGGAAAAAAGCUGUGAAGCUGAGACAGAAGUCAAAGCUGAGGAUCACAAGCUAGCAUCUCCCAGUGUUCCAAAAGGAUUGAAAUCUCACCGAAAGGAGGAACCAAAGGAUGAUCUCUUUGAUGACACCCCAGGGAGAAUCCGUGAAGCUUCUUGGAUAGAUGAAGAAAUUCCAAAGGAAGAAACUGCUCCAGUAGAAAUGUCACCCAUAAGCAUUACACCUGGCUUUACAUCAGUACCUAAAUCAAAUAUUCUGGAAGAUAAAGUUAACUCAGAAUCUCACCCAAAGCAUGACAGUGUGUACUUCCUAAAGAAUGAAGAAACCCAAUCCCAUAAUGAAGAAACUGAAAGUUCUGGAGACGAGAGCACUGGAAGUGUUGUUGAGCACAGUGAUGUUGAUGAAGAAGAUCGUGCGCAUCUUCAAACAGUGUCUCCUGUAUCAUUACUUUUCUCAGCUAAGCCAGCAUCUUCAGCUUUGUCCAAAGAAAAAGAGAAAAAAGGUAGAAGGAAUGUUGGAUUUAAUUUGGAUACUCCUGAUCUGUUUCUGACGUACAGUGCUGAGGAAUAUGAUAGGGGCAAUGAUGGUAUUGAUCCAGUAACUGCCUCUGCAGAGUGGGAAUUGGAAAAAAGGGUAGAAAAGAUGGACAUUUUCUCUGUAGACUUGUGCAAAGAUGAGAGAGGUCUGGGAUUAAGUAUAAUUGGUUUAGGUGUUGGCACUGACACGGGGGUGGAGAAGCUGGGGAUAUUUGUCAAGUCACUUACAGAGGGAGGGGCUGCUGCAAUUGAUGGAAGAAUACAAGUGAAUGAUCAGAUAGUUGAGGUUGAUGGAGUCUCUCUCGUUGGAGUAACACAAAUAUUUGCUGCACAGACUUUAAAGAACACAAAUGGGCUU